UCGUCUUGUUUGGAAGAAGAUGAAAAAAUCAUAACCUCUUACUCAUCUUCUUCCUCAACGCCUCGAUGGAAAUAUGAUGUUUUCCUUAAUUUCUAUGGCAAAGACACUCGCACGAGUUUUACAUAUCAUUUAUAUGUUGAUUUAAAACGGAACGGCAUUCUCAUCUUUAGGAAUGACGAAACACUCAAGCAAGGAGAAUACAUUUCUCAAGCGCUUCCAAAAGCAAUUCAAGAAUCCUAAUUCGCAAUCGUCAUUUUUUCUACAAAUUACGCUUCUUCCAAAUGGUGCCUCAUGGAACUUGCGAAGAUCAUUGAAUGGGAGGAAAAGACAGAGCUCACAAUCUUUCCUAUUUUCUACCGUGUGGAUCCUUCUGAUGUGAGAAAUCAGACAGGAUCUUUUGCAGAAGCGUUAGCCGCACAUGAAGAAGAUCUGGAGAUUGACGUAGAGAAGAUACGAAUGUGGAAAGAUGCUUUCAAAAAGGUAGGCAGUAUCGUCGGAUGGCACAUACACGACAUGUACGAAUCAACGAUUAUACAAGAAAUCAGUGGUAGUAUAUCUCGUGAGUUGAAUUCUAGAUUCUCACGUCAUGAUUACAAUAAACUUGUUGCAAUAGACUCCCAUGUAGAGGAAAUGAUGAAGUUAUUGGAUAUGGAAUCGAAUGAUGUUCGCUUUGUAGGAAUUCAUGGGAUGGGUGGCAUUGGUAAGACAACGCUGGCCGAAAUAAUUUAUGAUAGAGUUUCUAAUUGUCGAUUUGAAGGAAGCAGCUUUAUUUCUUGUAUUAGAGAAAAAUCUACUACUGCUCGUGAUCUAGCUUCUUUACAAAAACAACUACUUUCAACAAUCAUGCAAGAAGAAAUACAUGUAUGGGAUCAUCACCAGGGAAUUAGGAUGAUAAUGAAGAUGCUGCAGAAUAAAAGGGUUUUUAUCGUCCUUGAUGAUGUGGAUAGUGAAAAGCAACUGACGGCAUUAGCAGGGAAUCAGAAAUGGUUUGGUCCAGGGAGUAGGGUGAUUAUAACAUGCAGAGAUAGUCAUCUGUUGAGAACACAUGGAGUGUAUGAUAUCUAUAAGGUUAAGCAGCUUCGAGCUGCUAAAGCUUUGCAACUCUUUAGUUUGUCAGCAUUCAAGAAAACCCAUCCUACAGAGAAUUACAUGGAUCUAUCUAAACAUUUUGUGAAGUAUGCUCAAGGCCUUCCUUUAGCUCUUAAAGUUUUGGGUUCCUUCUUAUUUGGGAGAACAAUGGAUGCAUGGGAAAGUGCUAGGGAUCAACUAGAAGCAGUUCCUAAUAAAGAUAUUAUCAAUAUACUUCAACUAAGUUUUGAGGGGCUGGAGGAUUCGCAGAAAAAAUUAUUCUUGGAUAUGGCUUGUUUUUUUCAAGAAGAGUGGCUAAAUAACAAUUUUAAGGAAAUAUUAAAAAGUUUUGGUUAUUAUCCGGACAUCGACAUUGACAUUCUCGUCGACAAGUCCCUCAUAAGCAAAUCAAAAUAUGAAAGGUUGUUCAUGCAUGAUUUGCUAAAAAAAAUGGGCCAGGAAAUAGUUCGUCGCGAAUGCCCUGAAGAACCUGGACGACGUAGUAGAUUGUUUCGUCAUGAGGAUGUCUUUCAUGUACUGAAGAAUGAUACUGGAACUGAUGCAAUUGAAGGCGUAGUCCUGGAUUUUUGUCCUAAAACGAAAGAGAGACUCAACGCCAAAGCAUUGUCAAGGAUGAGAAAAUUGAGAUACUUUGAAAUCCAUCAUUCUCGAACCAUAAAAUGGCAUGGAGAUCCUUUAAAAUACAUGCCAACUAAUGAGUUGUGAUUCCUAGAGUGGUCUGGAUAUCAUUUGAAAUCUUUGUCGAGCAGUUUCCAACCAAAAAAUCUUACUAUACUAAGGUUUUCUGACAGUCUCAUCAAACAACUAUGGAAGGGGUCGAUGGUUUUAGACAAUUUGAAGUACUUAACUCUGAGUGAUUCUGAGAACUUAAUUGAAACACCUGAUUUGACAGGAGCCCCAAAUCUUGAGAAACUGUACCUUUCAGGUUGUAGAAGCUUGUGUGAGGUCCACCCAUCCAUCGGAAUUCACAAACGAUUAAAAUUGUUGGAUUUAAACCAUUGUGAAUCUCUUGAAAGACUGCCAGACAAGUUCUGCUUGAAAUCACUUGAAUAUUUGGUUCUUGACGAAUGUUCAAGUCUUGAGAAGUUACCAGACCAAAGUCGGUUGGAAUGCUUGAAGUAUCUUAUAGCAUAUGGAAUUGCUAUAACACAAAUACCAUCUAUCAAUCUAUUCCCCAAAAGCAUCAAUGGUGUUUCUCUCAAGGGAGCCAAGUGGAUGCCAGGUAAUUCAAGAGAUCCCACCUAUGAUAUCGGAUCACUUGUAGAAUAUCAGAUGGAAGGAAAAUAUGAGGUAAAAGCAAUGUACAUUGAUAUUGACAGGGAAGGAGAAAAUAUUUUAGACAUUGCAGGUGGAGGUGUUGCGAAUUCAUUCUAUGCAGAUGCGAUGAUAUAUGGAUGGUCGUUGGGAUCUGGAAUCCCGGAGUGGGUCCACAAUACAAGUAAUGGCUCCUCUGUAAAGAUGGAUUUGGAUGGUAAUAUGAAGACGAUGGGGUGUGCUUUCUUUAUUGUUUGUGAUUUUCAUCAAUUCCUUUCCCCAAAAGGCACUUCAAUUUCUUCGUUAUCUAGAAGAUUUUUAUUAUAAACUUACGUUUCCUUGCUUGGACGUCUGUUUGGUUAAGCCAAUUGGAUUCUGGGUGUA